AAGCGAACAAUCUCUAGGGCUUUUUAAUCCGUUCAUCUUUACCUGUUUGGCAGCCGAGAAAACGUUGGAGGAAAUUUUUUCUUGUUAUAAAAUUCAAGAUUUCAUACUUUUCCUGGUGACUUUUCCCCUGGCAGAGACUGUCAGUUUUAUAGUUGUUCGGUGCUCUGUGUCUUUGGUUUUGAUUCCUUGUUAUUUGCAGAAUCAUAAUGGCGGACUCAACAAUAAUCAACGGCGAAGUGGAUGAUCAGUCGGUAGAGGACUUCUUUGAUGCUGAUCAACGCGAAAACGAAUCCAAAGUAAGCCAACUGACCCGGAAAGUCGAAGCUCUGGAGAGUGAGAAGGGGGAACUGAUCCGCGAGAACACUGAAAUCAAGGAGAAGAUCAAGGAACUGACUUUGGAGGUCGAUCUACUUAAAGGCGAGGAACAACAGAUGAAGGCAAGAUUAGAAGAUAUGGAGAGAGAACUGGACCAAUCUGAUGACGACAAGAAGCUUUUGGAUUCGAUUGCUGCCAGGGCGGUAGAUCUGGAAUCAGAGGUCGCAAGACUGCAGCAUGAUCUGAUUAACGCUAUGAACGAGGGGGAAGAAGCGAACGUGGAGGUGGGGAAAUUGAAGAAGGAAUUGAGAGAAAAGGGAUUGAAAAUUGAGGAUUUGGAGAGGGGAAUUGAGAGCUUAAAGAAAGCUAAGGCUGAGAGUGAGAAGAAAAUGAGGGAGUUGGAGAGGAAGAUGGGGGUUUUGGAAGUAAGGGAGAUGGAAGGGAAGAGCAAGAAACUGAGGGCGGAGGAGGAGAUUAGGGAUAGAAUUGAUGAGAGGGAGAGAGAGAUAAGUGUUUUCAAGAAGAAGGUGGAAGAGUUGGAAAUUGUGGUGAAGGAAACUGGUGUGGAACUUCAGAAGUGGGAGACUGAGAAGCAGACAAUAGAGAGAGAAUUGAGAGAAUCUGAGAACAAGGCCAGGGCCAUGGAAGGGAAGAUUUUGCAGCUGCAGAAUGAGGUUGAGGAGGCCGAAAAGGUGAUUGUUGACUUGAAGGAGAGGGAGGUUGGGAAGGCUAGGAACAUACCCGAGAGUAUCUGUGAUGCAGAGAAGGAGUUGAAUUUGCCAAUCAUGGCAGCAGGGUCUAUUGGGGCAGCUCUGGUUUUUUCCGUGGCGUUUUAUCUUUGCAGUGGGAGGCGUCAAUGACAAGUUGGCAGAAGAAUGAGGAAGGGAUAAUCUUGAGUUCCACAGGAAUUUGCAAAUAACCAUCUCCGUGCUACAAGGCUCUACCCAAGAAUAGCCAGUGUGGCAAUACAGGGAUUUAAUCCAUGAUCUCAGUUGGUAUACUUUUGCAAUUGAAAUCUCCUGUUUAGGUUAAAAGUAGCACGACCUAUUUUGAUUUUAUUGGUGAGUUAGAUCUCUAUUUCUCCUUUUUGCUACAUUAUGUGCACCAUUCCUUGAGGUAAUGACAAUUUGAUACUUGUUGAAAUAAAUUGAAAUGUAACUCUACUUGCUACCUGGAAUCUCUUCACUGUUCUUUCACUGUUCUGUGAACUAGAUUGCUCUGAAGAUGAAAUGCAUUUCCUUUAGCGGGAAAUAAAUACAUCAUCAGCAUAGUGCAUAGAUUACUCUUACUUUUUUAUAUUUAAUUCAUUUAAAGCAUGUUUGGUUUGAAAGAAAUAAAGGGGAAUAGAGGGAGGGGGAAUUUUUCCUCCAAUCAUAUUAGUAAGAUUCUAGACCAACAUUUUUAUUUGAUUUGAUUGGAUGGAUCAAUUUCUCCUCCCUCUCAUUCCCCUCACAACAAUAGGCUUAAAGUAGCAACCGACAAACAAGAGUUUAGCUCGAGUUAGUAACAUUUAAUUGUAGAAUUUGAUUCUGCUGGUGGAAUUUUCAAUUUGUUUGUCCAGGUUCUUUUUAUGGAUUUUCGUUUGCAAUUGCAAUUUACUUUAGU